AUGGAUGCUCUUCUUGCCUUUUAUUACCUGCACAUUCAUACCUCUCCAAAGAUCACCUUUUCCCCAGCUGGGGCCCUCUGCCUUCCCUGCCGCCCCAGUGACUGGUUGAGAGAUCUACCAGCUUCUCUGCCUAUUAUCCCCUGUGAGAGGGGCUUUGGUAGGGCUGUGAUAAGGUGGUGGAGCCUGCUUCUGCUCAGGGUUUCCAUCCUUCCUCCUCUCCCUCUGGACUAUGUUGUGUUUAUAAGAUGGUUGGACCUGGAAACCCUGACAACUGUCUACACAAGUUUGAAAAGCAAAGGUUUCAGUCUCUGUGGCCAUACUUGUGGUUUCUCUUUUCAGAGGUGCCCAAGCCCAGUAGGGAAUUGA